AGUGAAGAAUCCAUUAAACGACGGCGCAUGUCUAAUUUAACUUAAUAUUCCACAAAACGCACCGCUUCACGGCCAAACUGGGCUCCACUAGCGUCUCGUCCGCGUCAACAUGGACACAAAGUAUACGAGUCAAUCAUUAGACAAUAGACGAAAUCCUCGUCUUCGUGAACAAAAAGAAUUUCCACGUGAUUUUCUCCGGCGAUGGCUUCGUCGCCGACGGCGGUGCCUUCCCCUGCCACGUCACUACCUCUGUCACCUCCCACCAACGGCACGGCUUCGCCUCCGUCUCCUUCUCCUCCCAUCAACGGUACCGUUUCAGCGCCUUCGCCAACCAACUCUACCUCUACGGCUGCAGUUUCUCCAACUAAUGGAUCGAACCCGACAUUCACGAUCCCAUCUCCUAGUGGCCUGCCUCCGGGAGCCAUGGCAGGUCUUGUGGUAGGGGUGGUGAUAGGUGCUACAAUUGUUUUAGCUGCUGUGGGCAUUUUCGUCCUUUUCUACAAAAGGAGGAAGCGGAAGCUUGCAGCUCAAAAUCUUCCUCAACCGGGUCCCAAAAAUGAUCCUUUUUCCAGCCCACUGCGGCAGGGGCAACAGAGUGCUUCUCCACUGGGAGCACCAAAGCCUACUCUACCUGGUUUUGCUUCAAAUCCUGUACCCACUGAAGGCUCUGAUAAGCCUUUCCCACUUUCUUCCCCAAGCAUUAGUCCUGGAAGUUUGCAGAGUGAAUUUACUUAUGAAGAGCUAAAGAUGGCAACAAACAAUUUCUCUAAUGCAAACCUCCUGGGUCAAGGAGGUUUUGGAUAUGUCCAUAAGGGAGUCCUUCCUAAUGGGAAAGUGGUUGCAAUCAAACAGCUCAAAGCAGGCAGUGGACAGGGGGAGCGUGAGUUUCAGGCCGAGGUUGAGAUCAUAAGUCGUGUCCAUCACAGACAUCUAGUGUCCCUGGUUGGAUACUGUAUUUCUGGGGCCCAAAGAUUGCUUGUUUAUGAGUUUGUUCCAAAUAAAACCUUGGAAUUUCAUUUACAUGGAGACGGGAGACCAACUAUGGACUGGCCAACUAGAAUGAAAAUUGCCCUAGGCUCAGCCAGAGGAUUGGCCUAUCUGCAUGAAGACUGUCAACCCAAGAUUAUACACCGUGAUAUAAAGUCUGCUAAUAUUCUUAUCGACAACAACUUUGAGGCAAAGGUGGCUGAUUUUGGACUUGCCAAGUAUUCCUUAGAUACUGAUACUCAUGUGUCUACUCGAGUUAUGGGAACUUUUGGUUACUUAGCUCCAGAGUAUGCUGCAUCUGGGAAGCUCACUGAUAAAUCAGACGUCUUCUCCUUUGGGGUUCUGCUAUUGGAGUUGAUUACUGGGUUCCGACCUUUUGACAAAAAUCAUACCUUUGAUGAUGAUAGCAUGGUUGACUGGGCAAAGCCUUUGCUCACUCAAGUUUUGGAAGGAGGCAACUUUGGGCUUCUUGUUGAUCCAAAGUUGAAGGAGUAUGACUCCAGUGAAAUGGUGCGGAUGGUUGCUUGUGCUGCUGCUUCUGUACGUCAUUCAGCAAGGCGUCGUCCACGAAUGAGCCAGAUAGUUCUUGCAUUGGAAGGAAAGAUGCCUCUGGAAGAGUUGAAUGACGGAAUCAUGCCAGGGCACAGCUCUGUAUAUAGUUCAUGUGGAAGCUCAGAAUAUAAUUACUCACUGCAAUACAGAGAAGACGUGAAGAAAUUCAGGAAGUUGGCGCUAGAAAGUGUUGACAUUGGUAGUAGUGAAUACAGUGAGCAGACUAGUGAUUAUGGUCCAAACAAAUCGAGUUCAAGUACUGAAGACCGGCAAACUACCCAAGAGAUGGAACCACCAAAAGGCGAGAAAGACACCAAUUUAACUAGCCAAAGCUCUUGACAGCAAUUAUCAUUAUCUGAUAUGUGUAAUGAAUCAAAUUCUGGAAAAGAAGAAAACAUCAGUUUGUGCAAGAUGAACACGGUUUCUUCACAUAGUAUAAAAGUUUUUAUACUCAUGAUAAUCCAACUGAAAUUGAAUAGCACAGACAAUUCAGUAGGAAAAAAAUUUUGUUUCUUAAUCUGCAUGACCCAAUUGAGAUCGGCAGCUGCAAUUCACUCUCUGAAAUGAAAUAGUUGAAGAAUGGGGAAAGAGUGGUUUUUCGAGUAGAUGAUACUAGUAUUAUUUUGGUUGUUUAAAGUGGUGGAACGUAGUAUUAUUUGUAUAUGAUUAAUGUGCAUUAACUGAAUAUUUUAAACUGGAUUGGUUCCAUUGAGUAGCUACAUACAAUCUAAUAUUGUUGUUCAUCUUGGGACAAAUUAAAAGUAAUGUUGUUGGUUUA